CCAACCGCCGCAUAUCACCAUCCGAUGAUCGAUUGACGACCUGACUGAGUAUGGGCUAUCUAUAGGUCUCGAGCACUUGACAACGCCUUUGCAAUUGCGUCUGUUGCGUACGUUGCACAGUCCAUCUUGCAACUUUUUGUGCCGAAAGCCAUGUUGUAGGUCUCGUUGAAAGCAUACAUCGGCGAACGAGAGAUCCCAAGAUGGCUACCUGCAAUGCUCAUGUAGCGCCCUACAACCCGAGCGAAUAUGUCACGACAGCCGGGUCCCAAAACAAGGUAUCGCGCAAGGCCACCAUUCUUGGCUCUUCGAACAUUGUCCUCGGCGGCAAGUGCAUCAUUCAACACGGAGUGAUCAUUCGCGGCGACCUCAAGCGGCCUGUACCUCCGCCACCACCUGCGGAGCAAGCAAAAAUGAGCGCUGCCCAGCUUGCGCAACACCAAAAAGGAGGUGUCGUCAUUUCGGCUGGACGUUACUGUAUCUUUGGGGAAGGUUGCGUUAUCAGGCCACCCUACAGAACGCUGAAGGGAGUCUUCUCUUAUUACACUUUGAAACUCGGCGAUCAUGUGCGAAUAGGGCCCGGCUCCGUCGUCCAAGCAGGAGUGAUAGGCAGCAAUGUUGACAUUGGAAAAGACUGCAUCAUCGGCCGAAUGUCGAUGAUUCGAGAUUGUGUGCAGAUUCUUGAUGGAACAGUCUUAGCACCUGGCACGGUCGUGCCGCCUUUGACCAUCUGGGGAGGCUCUCCUGGACAGCAGGUCGGAGAGCUGCCGGAAACGUAUCCGGAAACAAGCACUAACCGGGCGAAGGAAUACUACAACAAGUUCAAGCCUGCCUCCUAAGGCUAUGUUUAAUCUCCCCAAAGUCCAUCAUCACACUGCACUCCCACUCGCUCAGCCAUCAACAUCGUGUACAUUAAGCAUAGCAAUCAAGAUACCCGCGUAGAGGCAGUGCCA